AUGGCUAACCCGAUGCAACAGGACCUGAAACGCGUCUACCUGCACAUUAUUGACGAUGUGAUCGCCAAGAUGAAGCCAGAGUUCGUGCAGGAGGGCGUAGACGAGAAGGUCCUGAUGCGGAUACGGGAGCGCUGGGAGGAGAAGUGCCGCGCCAAAGGUCUCCUAAAUGAGCCGCCACCCAAGGAUGAGCCAAGGCACGAGCAGCACCGCGGGCCCGGCGUGGCGCCGCCACGCCCGGGCCAGGCAGCGGGGGCCCCGGGCCCCAUCGUCCUGCAGCUGCCCGCGGCCGCCAUGGCGGCCGCUGCGGCCUCGGCCCAGGAGUACAUGGGCAUCCGAAAGCGCCCGCACCCGGACAGCCAGAGCCCAGGGAUUUACGUGAAGGAUGAGCAAAAGCCAGCGAUGGCGUAUGGCGGCGGCGUUGCGAUGGGGCAACAGGCCCAGCUGGCAGUGCUGCAGGCGGCGCUGCAGGCCGGCGCGGCCGCGGGCGGCUCGCGGCCGGUGCAGGCCGGCGCAGGGGGUGGGGCGCGGCCGGCGGGGGUGGUGCUGAUGCCCGGCGCGCAGGGCGGCGCGUACACCGUGCGGCCGGGCGUGAUGCAGCAGCAGGCCAUUAUGCUGCUGGCUGCGGCGCAGGCUGGCAGGGGUGCAGGAGCCGCGCGGCCGGGAAGUGCGCAGGGGCAGGGGCAGGGGCAGGGCCAGCAGCAGCCGCAGCAGGCGAGCCAGACGGCAAGCACACUGCCGCAAAUGCAAGCACAGCAGCUGCAAAUGCUGAUCAACCAGCAGCGCGCUGCACAGUUGCAGCAGCAGCAACAGCAGCAGCGCCUUGCGGCGGCUGCAGCACAGCAACAUCAGCAGCAGCACCAGCAGCAGCACCAGCAGCAGCUUCAGCAAAUGGCGGCCGCCGCAGCCGCCGCAGCACAGCAGCAGCAGCAGCAGCAGCAGCAGCAGCAGCAGCAGCAGCAGCAGCAGCAGCCGGCGGGCCCCGGCGCAGCGGGCCGGAUCCCGCAGCGGGAUGGCCCUGGUGACGACGAGUACGAUUAUGAUGAGUACGGCGAUGACUACGGUGGUGGCGGUUACGCGCCCGGCGCGGAUGACGUCGCCGCAGACGCCGCGGACUUGGGAGAGGAGGCAGCGGAGGAGGAGGAGGAGGAGGAGGAAGAGGACGGGGCGGGUGACGACGACGAGGGGGCUGGCGGCGCAGGGGGCGGCGACGAGGACAGCGACAGCAUUGACGACGCUGAGCUGGACCGUGUGCUUGACGCCGAGGACAAGAAGAUCUCAGACGAGGGCUGCAAGGACCUGGGGUGGUGCCUCUUCGAAAAAGUGCACCGCAGCAAGCAGAAGUGGAGGUGCACCCUCAAGAUGGGGGUCGUGCGCAUUGCCGGGCGCGACUACUACUUUUCGCGCGCCAACGUGGAAAUGGAGUUUCAGUGA